AGGUUGAUCUAAAAUCAGUUUUUUAGAGGCCUGUAGGUGAUGCAUGUAGAGAAGGAGAGGGAGGAGACACUGGAUGGAGUAAAGUCAUCUGAGCUGCAGGAGAGCACUCGCCUUGUGACAUUUGGCGCCGCUGAACGCCUCCCUGAUUAAUUAGACUGCCUGUGAUGCUGCAAAUUGUAGUGAGGAGAUUCCCCGCCGCGCUGUGAACUCCUGCUGCAGCCACUGCCUCUGUGUACUGAUACCAGCUUCACCAUGACAGUAGAUAGAGACACCUGUCGGACAGAAUGACGGCUGACAAGGAGAAGAGAAGGGCGAUCAGCCGCGAGGCAGCCAGGAAGAGACGACGGGUGGAGUCCGACGUGUUUGGAGAGUUAUGUCGCCUGCUGCCUCUCCAGCCGUCCGUCAGAGCUCACCUGGACAAACCGUCCGUCAUCCGGCUCACGCUCAGCUACAUACGCAUACACACACUGCUCAAAGAAAACCCGGGGGUUAAAGCAGAGGGAAGUGACGCAGUGAAACGUGGACGGCUAAACGGUAAAAAGGAGCGGUGGGAGUGUGACGGAGGACGCGACGAAGAGGAGAAGGAGAAAGAAACAGAGGAAGGUGUCAAGACCUUAGAGGAGACGAACAUGUACCUGAGGACCCUGGAUGGGUUUCUGAUGGUUCUGUCCACAGAUGGAGACAUGAUCUUCCUGUCCCACAAUGUCAGCAAUUACAUGGGGUUGACACAGACUGAGCUGAUGGGGCACAAUAUUUUCGAGUUUACUCACCCUUGUGAUCACGAAGAGAUCACAAAUAACCUACGCCUAACAACAGAGGAGAUUUUGUUCGGUGGAAAGAGGGACUUUGUAAUGAGGGUAAAAAGCGCUCUGACGCACAGAGGAAGAAGCACCAACCUGAAGUCAGCUACGUGGAAGGUUCUCCACUGUCAGGGCCAAGCGAAGGUGAGCCUGAACCCGUCUUCUGGUUCCUGCCUGCUGCUGACCUGCCAGCCUCUGCCGCUCUCACACAAACUCCUCAGCACACACACCUUCACCAGUCAGCACAGCAUGGACAUGAGGUUCACUUUCUGUGACCAGAGAGUACUGUUGCUGUUAGGCUACGCCCCCGAAGAGCUGAUGGGCCGCUCCAUCUAUGAACUGUGUCACACACUGGACGCAGGCUGUCUGACUAAAAAUCACAUGAACUUGUGUAUGAAGACUCAGUCCGUCAGCGGGAAGUACAGGAUGCUGGUGAGAGGCGGAGGUUACGUCUGGGUGGAGACUCACAGCGCCGUCAUCCCCAGCGUCAGACCCUCCAAGUCACGACCUGGUGCCCACCACCCGCUCUGCAUCCUCUGUGUUACCUAUGUGCUCAGUGGUGUGGAGGAGCCGUCCCUGCAGCUCUCUGUGGACCAGACUGUCUCCAGAUAUCUGAGCUGAAACUGGAGUCCAAAAAAACACUGUCUGAAACAAACAUCAAUCCUCUCUACCUCUGUCUUUUCUUUGAUUUGACUUUUAUUAAAAAAAUGUGAUCUUCUUAGAUCUAGAAAUUG